AUGCAGGUGACGUGCUGGUGCGCCGUGUUCCUCCUGACGCCCGCUCUGAGCCUGGUUACAAGUGUCCACGCUUCAAAGGCAGACAUCGUCAAGUCAGGAAGCCCCAAAUCGACGCUAAAGCACAUAUGGACAGAAAGCAGUAAGGAGAUGUCCAUCAGUAGGCUGCUGUCACAGACUCUGCAUGGCAAAGAGAACAGCACAGCCUUGGACCUUCGCUAUGACACUCCAGAGCCCUACUCAGAGCAGGACCUGUGGGAGUGGCUGAGGAACUCCACGGACCUGCAGGACUCGCGGCCGCGGGCUAAACGACGGCCCAUGGUCAAGACGGGGAAGUUCAAGAAGAUGUUUGGCUGGGGGGACUUCCACUCCAACAUCAAGACGGUCAAACUCAACCUGCUGAUCACUGGUAAGAUUGUGGAUCACGGCAACGGCACCUUCAGUGUUUACUUCCGCCACAACUCCACCGGGCAGGGCAACGUGUCUGUCAGCUUGGUGCCUCCAACCAAGAUCGUAGAGUUCGAUGUGGCGGCGCAGCAGUCCGUCAUCGAUGCCAAGGACUCCAAGUCCUUCAACUGCCGCAUAGAGUACGAGAAGGUGGAGAAGGGGGCCAAGAACACUCUCUGCAACUUUGAUCCAUCCAAGACCUGCUACCAGGAGCAGACCCAGAGCCACGUCUCCUGGCUCUGCUCCAAACCUUUCAAAGUCAUCUGCAUCUUCAUUUCCUUCUACAGCACCGACUACAAACUGGUGCAGAAAGUGUGCCCGGACUACAAUUACCACAGUGAUACGCCCUACUUCCCCUCUGGCUGA